GCCGGCACGGCCACGUCCCGGGCUUCGGAUGGUUCGCGUGCUGCCCACCCUCGCCCGCCGCUGACGCCGCGGACCUCAGCUCCGCAGACCCGCCGCGGCGCCGACGACAGUCCAGCCGAGUCCCGCUCCCUCGCCGGGGAUGGCCCUUGGCUUUGUGCAAGCAUGAGGACUGUUCAGUAAAGGAAAACGUAAAGAAACAUUGUACAGCAGUUUGGAUUUCCCCAAAGAAGAAAAGAAGGAAAGGUUAUCUGAUCACAUAUUCAGCCACUGUCUGAUGUCCUGUGACUGAGAAGCUCGCUGUUUGACUUUGUUAUGAUGCCUUUGGAGAUGGAGCCCAAAAUGAGCAAACUCGCCUUCGGGUGCCAGCGGAGCUCCACGUCCGAUGACGACUCGGGCUGUGCGCUGGAGGAGUACGCCUGGGUCCCCCCAGGCCUCAGACCCGAGCAGAUCCAGCUCUAUUUUGCUUGCUUACCAGAGGAAAAGGUUCCUUAUGUUAACAGCCCUGGAGAGAAACACCGAAUUAAACAGCUUUUGUACCAGUUGCCACCACAUGAUAAUGAGGUGCGGUAUUGCCAGACUUUGAGUGAAGAGGAGAAAAAAGAGUUGCAAGUGUUCAGUGCUCAGCGGAAGAAAGAAGCACUCGGAAGAGGGACGAUUAAACUUCUGUCCAGAGCAGUGAUGCACGCUGUGUGCGAGCAGUGUGGGUUGAAAAUAAAUGGAGGUGAAAUUGCAGUGUUUGCCUCUCGAGCGGGCCCUGGAGUAUGCUGGCACCCAUCCUGUUUUGUCUGCUGCACGUGCAACGAGCUGCUGGUCGACCUCAUCUAUUUUUAUCAGGAUGGAAAAAUUCACUGUGGCCGGCACCAUGCUGAGCUGCUCAAACCCCGGUGUUCAGCAUGUGACGAGAUAAUUUUUGCUGAUGAGUGCACAGAAGCAGAGGGUCGCCAUUGGCACAUGAAACACUUCUGCUGCCUUGAGUGCGAGACGGUCCUGGGGGGACAGAGGUACAUCAUGAAGGACGGCCGCCCGUUCUGCUGCGGCUGCUUCGAGUCCCUGUACGCCGAGUACUGUGAGACCUGCGGCGAGCAUAUUGGUGUGGACCAUGCGCAGAUGACCUACGACGGGCGGCACUGGCACGCUACAGAGGCCUGCUUUUCCUGCGCCCAGUGCAAAACCUCUCUGUUGGGAUGCCCCUUCCUUCCCAAACAAGGUCAGAUUUAUUGCUCAAAGACAUGCAGCCUCGGUGAAGACGUCCAUGCCUCGGAUUCUUCAGACUCUGCGUUCCAGUCGGCUCGAUCGAGAGACUCCAGAAGAAGUGUCCGGAUGGGCAAAAGCAGCCGGUCAGCGGACCAGUGUCGACAGUCUCUCCUCCUAUCCCCUGCUCUGAACUACAAGUUCCCUGGCCUUUCAGGCAAUGCCGACGACACCCUUUCUCGGAAACUGGAUGAUCUGAGUCUUUCCAGGCAAGGAGCAAGUUUCGUCAAUGAAGAAUUUUGGAAAGGCAGAGUAGAGCACGAAACCCCAGAAGACCCUGAAGAAUGGGCUGAGCAUGAAGAUUAUAUGACGCAGCUGCUCCUCAAGUUUGGUGAUAAAAGCCUCUUUCAGCAGCAGCCCAAUGAGAUGGACAUUCGAGCCAGUGAGCACUGGAUAUCUGAUAACAUGGUUAAAAAUAAGACCGAGUUAAAGCAAAAUAACCAGAGCCUUGCAAGUAAAAAAUACCAAUCUGAUAUGUAUUGGGCACAGUCACAAGAUGGACUGGGCGAUUCUGCUUAUGGCAGCCACCCGGGCCCUGCGAGCAGUCGAAGGCUCCAGGAAUUGGAUCUGGACCAUGGGGCUUCGGGAUAUAAUCAUGAUCAAACACAGUGGUAUGAAGAUUCCCUGGAGUGUUUGUCAGACUUGAAACCAGAGCAGAGCGUUCGGGAUUCUAUGGAUUCCUUGGCUUUGUCUAAUAUCACAGGGGCUUCGGUGGAUGGAGAAAGCAAGCCAAGGCCAUCGUUAUAUUCUCUGCAAAACUUCGAGGAAAUAGAGGCAGAAGAUUGUGAGAAAAUGAGCAAUAUGGGGACUUUGAACUCUUCCAUGCUGCACAGGAGCACAGAGUCCUUGAAGAGUCUCAGUUCAGAGUUGUGUCCAGAAAAAAUCCUGCCUGAGGAGAAACCAGUCCACCUGCCAGUGCUCCGAAGGUCCAAGUCUCAGUCCAGGCCACAGCAGGUCAAGUUUUCGGAUGAUGUCAUUGACAACGGAAGCUAUGAGAACAUCGAAAUCCGGCAGCCACCGAUGAGUGAGAGAACUCGGAGACGGGUGUACCAUUUUGAAGAAAGGGGACCCCGGUCUCAUCACCAUCGCCGCAGAAGAAGUAGGAAGUCCCGCUCGGACAAUGCUCUGAACCUUGUUACAGAAAGAAAAUACUCUCCCAAGGACAGGCUGCGGCUUUAUGCCCCUGAUAACUAUGAGAAGUUUAUCCAGAGUAAGAGCGCGCGGGAGAUCCAGGCCUACGUGCGGAACGCUGAGCUCUAUGGGCAGUACGCCCGUGCCGCUUCCAGCUACACCCUGCGGAGCCCAGGGGGCCCUCGAUUCCUGGGGCUCCACGGGGAGGACGACGGCUCUUGGUGCUCCUCCACCACCUCUUCCUCCUCCGACUCAGAAGAAGAAGGAUACUUUCUUGGACAACCAAUUCCUCAGCCCCGGCCGCAGAGAUAUGCAUACUAUACAGACGACCUUUCUAGUCCAACUUCCGCACUCCCCACUCCUCAGUUUGGCCAGAGGACAACUAAAUCCAAGAAGAAAAAGGGACACAAGGGCAAAAACUGUAUCAUUUCUUAACCGAGUAGCUGUGGAGAUGGUUAAGCUUAGCCAUUAACCAUCUUACAUCGAAUCUUUUUUCUUCCAUAGGAAAGUUGCUAAAAUAGAUUCAAGUGCUUUGCCCAUGUAAAUGAGACCCCGACUGCUGUUUACAGUGUCAGAUUAACCUUUGGAAGGUGUGAUUUCUCCAUUUACCCUCCUUGGAUGGUGCCAGGUGGACGUGACCUCUCGUGCCUGUUGGGUGCAUCACAGUUUGAUACAGCUGCUUUGAUCUCCAACCCUCAAGAGAGCCUCAAGAACCUGUUGAGAGGUGACUGGAUGGGGGUGUUGAUUUUAGACAAUGGAGAACUUGAGCCACCUUUGUAAAGCACUAGUGUUUGUCCUUUAUCUGCGCCAGGUUGGCCCAGGUCCUGACAGUCUGUCCUGUUGUGUGGCAUGCACGUAGUCAUGUGACCCAGCCAACACUGUGCGUCCCAUCAUGCGAGGCCACGUCGUCCCCUUCCAACUCUCAUUAGCCAGGUAAACAUUAUAUUGUAUUAGCUCCAGCUAGAGAUCGAAAAGAACAUUGCUAUUUAUAAUGUAGUAUUUCAUAGACUUAAGUGUAUUCCUAAUUUAACGGUGCAAAUAUUAAUGUAUAUACUGUACAGUUCAGAUUUUAAAACUGAUAUUUUUAUAUCCCUGAAAUGUAAGAUGUUUGUUACACUGCAGUGCUAGAUUUGUUAGGGAACCAGAAACAGCAUUUAUGGAUGAAAUGAUUGCUUGUAUUUUAGUCAGGGUUUAUAAGUUUAGAUGGUCAAAUUUAUAUUGCCUAGUGAUGGAAAGUUCCCUUUUUUUUUUUUUUCAAUAUUAAAAAGGCUCUGUAUGCAUGGUGGGGCUAUGUAAAUACUCUUUAAAACUAUGGCCCUAUUAAUCUUACAAGUGUUAUUUAUGGGUCAAGCAAUGUAAACUGUAUAAAUGUAAAAACAAACAAACAAAAAAAAACCCCUACACAUACACGUACACCUGGAAUAUAUGGUAAAAACAAGUAGAAGCUGUUUGGGUGAAUACUUUUUUUCCCCUUUGGGAUGGGCAGGGGUUGCCUUUCCCAUUUUCAGCGAGGUAGUGAUUAUCUCAUGGAAAGAGACCAAAAAAAACUACAAGGAUCUGCUUUCUGUGGCAGAGUACUUUGUAGAUUUAUUCCUUUUCAUCCCUCCUUUCCAGCUAAUUUGUUGGCCUUUAGCAGCAGUUUUGAAAACCGGGCCUUCUGGUUAUGUUUUUCUUUUAAAAUCUUUAGAGGAUGCUGUAUUACUGGUUACUUCAAGUUAAUAUGUGGUUCUAUUUCAAGGGAGAAUUACGUUGGAUUUGAACUGAUGAGCUAAUAUUUUGGUAUGGGCCAUUCUUGCACAUAUGUUUCAGUCCUAACUCAAUGUCCCAGUGGUAUCUCAGAACUUUAGGAAGGUAUUUAAUAAAUGCUUAAUAAAUAACAAA